AUGGAAGCUGUUCUGCCGACAGCGCGGCGGCAGGACAUGCAGGAGAUGUGUCCUUUGUACGACUCCCGCAUCACCCCAUGGGCGCUCUGGGCGCUUGGGAUAAUCAAGCGGGCAACAGGUACCAUGUCCAUGGUGUCUUUGUGGCCAUCAGGCGUGCAUCCAGAAGACUUCGCGGAUGAGUACACCGCAUCCGUCAUGACCAUAGUUGGCCGAAUCCUCCUGGGUCUGUACAAAACUCGAGAUAAGUCAUACGUCAACGUUCCGACAGAGAUGCUUUAUCGCGAAGAUGUGCUCGAGGUAGAAAACAUCCACGCGCCGCAUUACGAUGUGGAUGGCAAUCCCAACUUUUAUUGGUUCGAGGCGAUCGUACCAAAGAUUGUACUGAGGAAGCUAUAUGUGCCUUUGAUGACCUGCUUCUACAGCGCGCUGCGCAAGCUGAAUGUUGAGAACAGCAGUAUGACAGGACGAUUUGAUGAUGCUUUGGACGACCCGACUCACAACACGUGGGACGCUGUCCUAAAGUCAGGAAAAUUCAAAAGCAAGCGCGACUGGGUCAUGAGCUUCUACAACAUCGCUCACACGAUGGAUGGAAACCCCCUCUGGCCACAGCAGAUGACGGACUUUAGUGUCUACUUCAAAAAGGAUGAGUGGGAUGAUCAACUGGAGCGUGCUAUCGCUUUCCAUCUCAUCGGCGCUCACAGGCUGGAGGUUGGCUCCUUCUCCUUUGAGGACGUGCCGGGAGUCGGUAGCGUGCAGCUGCCCUUCAGGAUAGCAUUGAACGUUUUCGGCGGUUUAGUGGUCCGCGACGGCUUUGGCAAAUAUGGCGUGGACUUGUAUUUCAAUGAAGAUGGGCUGCCCACCCUGCUGGUCACGCCGGACGGUGACAAAGUUGCACGGGGCGACAAGCAGUGGCAGUAUUGGAAGUUUGUUUGGAGAAGUACUUUGGUCACAGGCGUCACUCUUGUUGAUCAUCUUCACUUCACGCACUUCAGGACAGGCAAUUUAUUGUCCCGAUCAAUUCGAAUUGCCCUUCCCCCGGAUCAUCCACAUCGUCGCCUUCUGUCAAUUUUCACCUUUGGCACUAUCUUCGUGAAUAUCCAGGCAGUGCACGUGCUACUGGGUCCAAACCACUUGCUUCACCGGGCGACUCCCUUUUCAGACUUUGUGAAGCUGAGUCACAAGGUCCCAGGGAUGCUUGACGACAUCACGGACGCGCCUUCAAUCAAGGCCAUUGCAGAAGAUGAUGAAUGGAAGUCGCUUUCUCCCAAGCUUCAGUCUCUGCCCUUCUAUUCUGAUGGCCGACUUCUUUGGGCAGCGAUCAAGAAGUUUGUGGCAGCUGCAUUCCCGAAGCUAAGUCUUUGCUCGGCAGACGGCGCACUGGCCGAGCCCUUGACCAGACUAAAGAUUGAGAUGGUCAACGAGACUAUGCAGGCUGGAUACCAUGUGGAUGACAGAUUGGCAAAGAUGUAUUUGGGUGAUGCAGCGGUCUCUUGCAAGGACCUCUUGCCCGCUGUGCAGCAUCGAAUGGCAGUGUAUAUUUUCGUCGUUACCGGCUACCACCGUCACGUUGGAUUUGUUGGGGACUAUUAUGCAGAUCCCAGCCUGGCCUCCAUGUCCUGGAAGUCAGGGGAGCCAUACGGCAGGCCACGCCAGCACAUGAUCAUGUCUGUGGUCAACGUCUUCACCUCGAUGAGACAGCCUCUUUUGAAGGAGGACUAUACCCACCUCUUCCGUGGACUUGCGCCUGAUCAAGAAGAGAUUCUCACCAAGGCAUGGAGGACUUUCCAGGAGGACUUGAAGCAGGUGGAAGAGGAGAUCGAUCGGAGGAAUGAGAAACGUGAGAUCCUGAACAUCAACAUGUCUCCAAAAGUUGUCGAGAGUGCCGUUUCGAAAUGA